GCCCAUGCUCAAAAAGAAGACGACUAUUGGGACUCUGUACUCUAGAGCGAUGAGACCAAGAUACAUGUUUUUGGAACUGAUGGCUUAAAAACUGUAUGGCAUCACAAAGGUGAGGAAUACAAAGAAAAAUGCAUGGUGCCUACAGUGAUACAUGGCGGUGACAGUGCUCUUCUGUGGGGCUGCAUGAGUGCUGCUGGUGUUGGGGAGCUGCAUUUCUUUGAUGGUAUCAUGAAUUCACAGAUGUACUGCUCUAUAUUGAAAGAGAAAUUUUCCAACAUGAUCCAAAACACACAUCUAAGGCCACUGAUGCAUUUC